AGCGCCCGCAGAGGGAUGGCGCGAAAGGCGUGGGGCUACGUAUUCCGCCGCGCCGAGCGGCUGCAUUCUUGCGCGGCCGCUACAGGGGUGGCGCCGCGGCGACUGGACCGGAUCGGGGCUGUGUGUUUUGCCGCUGGGGGCUUCGAGCACGACGCCCCCGGUGGGCGAGGGGGGCCGCUUUCCAAAAUAAACGCGCGGAACGGCUAGGCCGGGCGGGAGCAGCAGGCCGGCGCAUUGCGCCCCGAAGGCCGCCCAGCUUGGAGAAGGCGGCGGAGCGUUUUUCCUUUUCUUUCAUUCAACACAGCGACCAGCGUACUCCUUUCGAAAAGCGUCCGUCUUAGCGACGGCCCCCAUUCCGGGGGCCGUCCUGUGCAAAGGCGGGCCGUCGCACCCCGGAGGCGCCCCCUCGCUCGAGGGCCGAGCCGCCGGGGGUUUGGCGCAAAUUCGCCCCGCC